UUCUCUCCCGUUAUACCAGAAACCCCACCCCAAACAAAUGCCUAAUCCCAAAUACCUUCCUCUGACGCACUCUAUCCAAUCCAUUAUCUCAUACCCUAUAGAGUGCACCUACAUAGGGAAUACAGAGCAAACUGGGAUUCAGCCAGAGGAACAAAACAGCUAAAUUUUCAGUAACUGGAAGGCGACUGAGCUGCCUGGAACGAGCAGCUUACAAGAAUGGGGCAGCUGUGCAUCUUCACAAUUCUCUGUUUGGCUUUAAUGCUAUUGCUGCAUGCUACAUCAGCAAGCAAGAAAGGAACAAGCAGCAAGAAACCUCCCAACACUAAAACUUCAACAUCUACAUCUUCAAACAGGCCUCAUCAGGGGAGCAAGACCCAGGCCAACUAUCCCAGGCAGCCCAACCCAUAUCCCCCUGCAGGCAGUAACCCUGGGGCAGGAUAUCCUAACCAACAGUACCCUGGUAGAGGAGGUGUUAGUCAAGGAUAUCCUCAUCAGAACCCUGGAGGUGGGAGUUAUCCUGCAGGUGGGAGUUAUCCUGCAGGUGGGAGUUAUCCUGCAGGUGGGAGUUAUCCUGCAGGUGGAAGGUAUCCUGCAGGUGGAAGGUAUCCUGCAGGUGGAAGUUAUCCUGCAGGUGGGAGUUAUCCUGCAGGUGGAAGUUAUCCUACAGGUGGUAGUUAUCCUGCAGGGGGUAGUUACCCAUCUGGAGGGCAAUAUCCAGGACAAGGGGGCUCUAUUCCUGGAGUGUAUCCCAACAAGUACCCUGGAGGUGGGAGUUACCCAGCUGGAGGACAGUAUCCAGGACAAGGGGGCUCUAGUCCUGGAGUGCAUCCCAACAAGUACCCUGGAGGUGGGAGUUACCCAGCUGGAGGACAGUACCCAGGACAAGGGGGCUCUAGUCCUGGAGGGUAUCCUAACCAGUACCCUGCAGGUGGGGGUUAUCCCGCAGGUGGAAGUUAUCCAAGUGGAGGUCAGUAUCCAGGACAAGGGGGCAGUAGUCCUGGAGGGUAUCCUAACCAGUAUCCAGGAAGAGGAGGUGUGAAUCAAGGUGGGUAUCCCAAUCAGUACCCUGCAGGUGGGAGUUACCCAUCCGGAGGCCAGUACCCUGGAGGAGGGGGUGUAAGUCCUAACCAGUAUCCUGCAGGGAGAGGAUACCCUGCAGCUGGUGGCUACCCAAACCAGUAUCCUGGAAGAACCAACCCUGCAGUAUAUCCAGUGGGUAGUGGCUACCCAGUGAGAACAGGAGGGCAGCCAGGAGGAUACCCAGGGGGCUAUCCAUCCAUAGGAGGAUCAUAUCCUAACUGGAAUCCUAACAACAAAAUCCUUAGUCCUCGCUAUGGAGGUGGAUUUGCGGGUCCAGGGUAUGGAAUUGGUGGUUCCCCUUUCUCAACAUCAGUUCAUAAAAUGGGCUAUAAACCAUCUGUGAAGUCCAAAGGCUUUGGCAAAAAGGCAAUGCUGGCAGCUGGAGUUGGGGCUAUGACAGGGAUGGCUGUAGGGUAUGGCCUCGGUCGAUUUCCGCGGCCACACUUUCACUUCAGCAGCCCCCAAGAGGAGUAUUACUACAACCAUUACAUGCAACGCCACUAUGGCAUGAAAUCUACUGAUACAAACGACUAUGGACGUGACUACACAUUCAAGCCACCGCCUCAGGCCCAGACCUACGAAAAAUACAUGGACAAGUGCAUGAACAGAACUGACUUCUUGCAAAAUCGUGAUGCAGAGAUUAGUAGCAUCCAGGGGGAUGACCCCAUGAAUGGAUCACUUGCAGUUUCCAAUGGCACUUCUGAGAAAGUUCGCACUGCUGAGAAUGGCAUAUCUGAGGUUCCAGUGCGUUCGGAGUCCCAAGAGAGUAACGAUGAUACAGUGAGCAUCACAGAGAUUGGUUACCCUGCACUCAUCCAGCAAGUGAAGGCUCGGAAAUGUGUAGAGCUGUACAUGGCAUACUCUGAGAGCUUCCUGCAGAAGCAGACACAACAGAAUCCCAGCAUCAGCAAUGAUUCAAAUGGGCAUUCUGGACUCCAUGUACUGCUCAUGACUACCAUCAUGGCUCUCAGCAGCACCCUCUUGCUGCACUGACAACAAGGAUAUGGCCCUACUGUGUGUUAAAGAGUGUCAGACUUGGAGACCUUUGGGCUCAUCAUAGAUUCCCUGGUAUAAGACUUUUCAUAUCACUGCCUGACAUAUCAUGGUUCACAAUAUUAUCAUAUUAUUGUAUUAAACAAUACUGCAUGUUUUAAA